AUGGCCUCCUCUGCCGCCAUCAUCGGUUCCACCGGCCUCGUCGGCUCCCACAUCCUCUCGACCAUUCUCGCCAGCGACACCUACCGCCCCGUGAGCACCAUCACCCGCCGCGCCCCCAAGGCCGACGCCGCCACCUCUGCCAGCAACCUCAACGCCGUCGUCAACACCGACACCACGCAGUGGGCCUCGCUGCUCUCCUCCCUCUCCCCCGCGCCCGUCGCCGUCUUCUCCGCGCUCGGCACCACGCGCGCCGCCGCCGGCGGCCUCGCCAACCAGUGGAAGAUUGACCACGACCUCAACAUUGAGCUCGCCCGCGCCGCCAAGGCCGCCGGCGUCAAGACGUUUGUCUUCAUCUCGUCCGGCGGCACGCGCGGCAUGCUGUCGAGCGGCGUGCCGUACAGCAAGAUGAAGAACGGCGUCGAGGACGCGGUCAAGGAGCUGGACUUUGAGCACGGCAUCAUCCUCAAGCCGGGCGUGAUCCUGGGCGAGCGGGAGCAGAGCCGGACCGCCGAGAGCCUGUUUCAGAGCUUCACGCAUGGACUCGGCAGGAUCAGCGGCGCGGCCAAGGACUUUCUCGGCCAGGACGCGGACGUGAUUGCCAAGGCGGCGGUGAGGGCGGCGAAGCUGGCCGAGGAGGGCAAGGCGCCGGGCAAGUAUUGGGUCGUGGAGGCGAGUGAUAUUAUCAGGCUGGGCAAGACGGAGUGGAAGGACGUGGAGAAGCCUACCGCUGCGUAG